ACGCUAACGAAAAUUAAGAGGUGAAAAAUGAUUGAAGCCCCAUAAUAUUUUUCUUUUAAUAACCCUUCUGUGUCCAAUGUAAGUCUACAAUGGGCGAUAUUAGAAGAGGAACAGCAGCUGGGCGCAGAAGUUCUUCGUCAGACAACAUGACUUUUCGGCGUCUUUCAAGAAUGGACAGUCGAUCAUUGUCUGGGAUUUACUCUUAUAUCCCAACUCAUGCUGCAGUGAACAUUAACGCAGAAGCCCAAGAAGAAGAUCUUAGAAAGUUAAACAUCCAUUAUUCAACAUUAAAGCGUCAGAUACUAUGUUACCAGAGCAGUACUUUAGGAAUGUUUCCCAGCAUUGGUAAUGACCAAAAGCCAUCCAAUAUAGCAAGAGUCAGAGAAAGUAUCUAUUGUGCUACUGCAGCUUGGGCACUUUCACAGGCAUACAGAAAAAUUGAUGAUGAUCAAGGAAAAACUGUUGAACUUGCUCAGACUGCUGUUAAAUGUAUGAGAGGUAUACUGUUCUGUUGGUUCAGACAAGCUGAUAAGGUAGAGAAAUUUAAAUUAAAUCAAAGUCCAGAUUUUGCAUUACAUUCAUCAUUUGACAUGGUGACAGGAGAUCCAGUGUAUGGAGAUCAGGAUUAUCCUCAUUUACAGAUUGAUGUGGUUGGACUGUAUUUGCUGUUUUUAGUGCAAAUGAUCGCAUCUGGUUUAAAGAUUGUGUACACAACAGAUGAAGUCAAUUUUAUACAGAACUUAGUAUUUUAUGUUGAGAGAGCCUACAGAACACCAGAUUAUGGAAUGUGGGAGAGAGGUAGUAAAUAUUACAAUGGAUCGACUGAAGUUCAUGCCAGUUCAAUUGGAAUAGCCAAAGCAGCAUUAGAAGCCAUUAAUGGGGUAAACUUGUUUGGAGACCAAGGAGCAUCAUGGUCUGUGAUAUAUGUUGAUAUUGAUGCUCACAACAGAAACAGAACUAUUUUUGAAAGUAUUUUACCUAGAGAAUCAAAUUCUAAGAACAUAGAUGCCUCAUUAUUACCUACUAUUUACUGGCCAUCCUUUGCAAUACAUGAGAAACAUAUAACAGACAGAACAGAAGAUAAGGUCUUGAGGAGAUUGAAAGGCAAGUUUGGAAUCAAACGAUUUCUGAGAGAUGGAUAUAGAACUGUGCUAGAGGAUAAAAAUAGAACGUUUUAUAGACCAGCUGAAAUAAAAACAUUUGAUGGUAUUGAAUGUGAGUGGCCCAUGUUCUACAUAUAUAUUAUAAUCACAAGUAUUAUUCAGGGUGACAAAAAGGUUGCAGAAAAAUAUCAAAAAGAACUUGAACCAUUGCUCAUCAAAAACAACGAAGGUGUACUGGUACCAAUGUUGUACUAUGUGCCAAAGGAAGAACUUGAUCACAGACACAAACAGAAUUUACACAAACUACCAAGUGCUGAGGGAAACACUGAUGGUGUUUUCUUGUGGGGUCAAUCUUUAUAUUUCAUCUCUCAGCUAUUAAUUCAUGAUUUAUUGAAGCCUGGAGAUCUUGAUCCUAUUUUACGACAUUUACCAGCUUCUGAAAGACCAAAGUCAAUGAUAAAUACUAGAUACUCUACAUUUCAAGUUACUCCCCCUGAUCUAGUAACACAGGUUGUGCUGAUUGCAGAAAGUGCUAGACUACAGCAGUUACUAGCAACCUAUGGUAUACAGACACAGACUCCACACCAAGUAGAACCUAUACAGAUCUGGUCUCCUAAAGAAUUAUCUAAAGCUUAUGAAUAUUUAGGGAUCAACAAGAAAUUAAAGUUGACAGGAAGGCCAAAAAGACCAUUUGGUGUUCUUAGUACUUCCAAGAUAUACAGAGUAUGUGGCCAGACAGUUCUAUGUUAUCCAUUGUUGUUUGAAGUCAGUGAUUUUUACCUAGCACAAGAUAUGUCAGUAGUGUUAGAUGAUUUAAAGAAUGAUUUAGCAUUUUUAUCCAGUUGUUGGAAGUUAGCAGGAAGGCCCACAUUUUGUAUGUUAAUUAGAGAAAAUAACAUAAGAGGUCCAAACUUCCCAGAAUUUUUAGACUUAUUAUCCAUGUUUAAAAGAGGUGAUGUGGAUGGCGUGAGGGUUAGAGUAGGGAAGCUCCAGUCAAUGAUAACUUCAGCAUGUACAGAACAUCUAGAUUUCUUAGAUACUGUAGGGGAUGAAGUCUUUCAAAGGUUUGAGGAAAAAGCAGUCACUCAAAGCUUCAAAAGCUUGACAGAAAUUCCAAAACUUCCAGAAAUUUUAGAUGAUGGAGAAGUAGUCCGUGAAGAGGAUCUGCUAUUCAAGGCCACCUGGGAUUUAGUGGAGAAGUAUAAAUUUACACCAGGGAUACAAUCUAGAAGUAUAAUACUCAAGGUUUUAUAUCAACGAGAAGGGCCAGAUUUCUACAUCAAUGAACAAAAAAUCACUGAAAAAAUAGACAAACUUAUUAAUAAGGCAGGAGUGUAUAAAGAAUGGAGAGCUGUACGAUUGUUAUCCUCAUUACUUGGGAAGUUAGUGGAUAGUUUAGCACCUUCUAUAACUACUAUAUUAGUAAGAGGGAAACAGGUUACAGUUGGAGUAUUUGGUCAUGAAGAGGAAGUAAUAGAUAAACCCAUCAGUCCUGGAGAAGUAAAGAACAUUUUGUAUAGUCGCUGUGCUCAAUAUGAUCUACUUCAGGCAGUGUUACAACAGGAACUUAUUCUUGGAAUUGGCAAAUUGAUAGCUGCCUCACCUGAAUUGUUUGAUGGUAUACUGAAGAUUCGAAUAGGUUGGUUUAUCCGAGCUAUACAGAUAGAGAAAGAGCAAGAAGAAGGUGGUCCUAUAGAUAUACACUCACAAUCACCUAGUGAUAUUAAAGAGAUGAUACUCCAAGUCCUGGUGCAGAAUGUAUUUGAGACAGAUUGUAGGACUCCCUUACAACAAAGACAGAUCGAUGGGGCCUUGAACAGGACUCCCAAAGACUUUUAUGAUAGAGUUUGGGAAAUAUUGGAAAAAACACCUAAUGGUAUUAAAUUAGCUGGAUAUCAUUUACCUCAGCAACCCACCUUGUCAGAUAUGACAAUGUAUGAAUUAAACUUUUCCCUACUAGUAGAACAGAUGUUGAGUAAGAUAGCUGAUCCUGCUUACAGACAGAUUAUAGUAGAGGCAUUUAUGGUUGUGUCCACCAUGUUAAAACGAAACCCAGAAGUUACCUUUGAUCAGGCUGCUAAUAUGGAUAAGAUUAUUCAAGACUCUUUUGAAGAUUUCCAGAGAGAUGAAGCUAGGGACAAAGAAUCUGAAAAACAAGAUGACAUGAGAAUUUUCUUUAACACUCCUCCAAAUGUUAAACAUGGUACAACCAGCUACAUAACCAAAGCUGUACUCAGAACUCUUCUAGAAGGAGAAAUCAAAUUUGUAAAUGAAGAAAUGUGUCAUAUUACUUAAUGUGUAGUUGAUGCCUUAAUCAUACAAAUAUCAACGAAUCUCAGAAAAUAUCAAAUAUAUAAAAUUGAACAUGAUACAUUUGCAUGAGUGUCACAUCAGGAUCAUGCAAAAAGAAUAUCACUUCAAAGAACUACUGUGAAAGUUUUUUUAAAUUUAGACUCAUUCUAGCAGAAUGAAGAGAAAUGAAAGAUGGUAAAACCACCAACAUUUUUUUCUCAUUUUUUAAUUAAAUAGAACCAAAUUGUUUACUAGCUUUAGAACAAAUUCAGGAAUGAAAGGCCCACAACCUUCCAUAUGUCUGUCUUGUAACAUUUUUGUGAACAUUUUUUUUAUUUUAUAGAUUUUUUAUUUGCAAGUGCUUUUUUAUAACCAGUUUUAUGGUUCCAAUGCAAUGU